AUGUCUUUACCAAAAAGAAUAAUCAAGGAAACUGAACGUUUAAUACAGGAACCAGCCCCCGGUAUAAGUGCAACACCACACGAAGAAAACCUUCGAUACUUUGAUGUUAUUAUAGCUGGUCCAGCUCAAUCACCAUUUGAAG